AUGGCGGUCCUAGCUUCAAAGACCCAGUCACAGAAGAUAUUUGAGAAGCUGAGAACGAAGCCAGCGAACAGGAUAUGUUUUGACUGCGGGCAGAAGAACCCGACAUGGACAUCUGUGCCUUUAGGGAUCUAUCUUUGUCUUGACUGCUCCUCGAAUCACCGCAACUUGGGUGUCCACAUUUCAUUUGUGCGUUCCACAAACCUUGACCAAUGGCAAUGGGACCAAUUACGAAUAAUGAAAGUGGGUGGCAACGACUCUGCAACGAAGUUCUUCCAGUCGAAUGGUGGGACUGCUGCCCUGAACAGCAAGGAUCCGAAGACAAAGUACACCUCCAAUGCUGCUACCAAGUAUAAGGAUGAAUUGAAGCGACGGGCAGCACGAGAUGCUACAGAGUAUCCUGAGGAAGUAGUGAUUACGGAUGUCAUGAGCAAUACCCCGUCGGAUGCGUCUACACCUGCUGGCGAAACCGACGACGAUUUCUUUUCUUCCUGGGACAAGCCAUCGAUCAAGCGACCAACCCCACCAAUUUCUCGAACGGCUACGCCACCAGUCGUUGGCCGGACCUCUUCCCCCCUCUUAAACACCGGAAGUUCUAAUGGCAAUGGGAACGGAAUCGCUAGAACGGCCUCGCCUUUGGCAAAUACUGAGGAGAAGCCGGCUGCAAGCAGAAUCACAUCAUCCGCUGCCCUGCGCAAGGGAACCACAACGGGAACUGGACCACGGAAAGCAAACGUAUUGGGAGCCAAGAAGACAAAACUGGGCGCAAAGAAAGUGACGGGGGAUGUUAUUGAUUUCGAUGCUGCGGAACGCAAGGCUAAGGAAGAAGCAGAGAGAAUUGCAAAAUUGGGUUACGAUCCAGAAGCCGAGGAAGCUGGGACGACGAAGCCAGCUGCUAUUUCGAAGACGACAGAUCUACCUAAAAUCGCAUCACCCACACCCGUCAGCCCAGGUAGAGCAGGAUAUGGCUCGUCCCAAGCACGGGAGCGCACUAACAGCGAGCUCGAGAGACUGGGGAUGGGGAUGGGCAGACUUGGGUUCGGGCAAGUUGGAGGGGCUAAACCUGCCACCGCAGCUAAGAAGGCAGGUGGAUUUGGAUCAGUUGGUCCAAUCAAAGCCACACAAGAAGGUCAGAUUAUUAUGAUUACAUCUCCUGAAACAUUGCUUACCAGACUUGUAGAUGAUGACGAGAAAUAUGCACGCCAAAAAUUUGGUGCCCAAAAGGGUAUCUCAUCAGAUGAAUUCUUCAACAAAGGCGCUUUUGAUCCCAACGCUCAAUCCGAAGCCAAGCAACGCCUCCAAGGUUUCGAAGGUGCUUCGUCCAUCUCGUCAAACGCAUAUUUCGGUCGUUCUGAGGAGCUGGAUACGGGAGAUGACUACGGAGAUUUAGAGAGUGCUGCUAAAGACUUUGUUAGGAAGUUUGGAGUUACUGCUGGCGAUGAUCUUGACAAUUUGACUCAAGUCCUUGGAGAGGGUGCUACCAAGCUGCAGGGCGCUAUUAGGAGCUAUCUUAAUAGCUAG